AACCGGCUCCCGUCCCCUUCCAGACUGUGGAAGCUUUGAUCUUUUGCUCUUUGCAAUAAAUCUUGGUGCUGCUUGCUCUUUGGAUCUACACUGCUUUUAUGAGCUGUAAGACUCCCCAGCAAAGGUCGGCAGCUUCACUCCUGAGCCAGUGAGACCACGAACCCACCAGAAGGAAGAAACUCCGAACACAUCUGAACAUCAGAAGGAACAAAUUCCGGACACGCCGCCUUUAAGAACUGUAACACUCAUGUGAGGGACCGCGGCUUCAUUCUUGAAGUCAGUGAGACCAAGAACCCACCAAUUCCGGUCACAGUAUGGUGAGAAAAGGGACAUUUGAACCAUCUCAAAGUAUCUCCCCACAACAUAUUUAUUAAUUACAAAAGGAAAAAUAGUAACUUACAAAAGGAAAAAUAGUAACUUUACAGUGGAGAAACCUGUCAGACACCAUCUUAACCAGUGAUCAAAAUUAACAUGAGUAGUAGUGAGAUAUACCAAUAUCAUCGAGGACACCAUAUCACUUUGUAACAUUCUUGCUAAAAAUACAUAACCUCGAUCUGAUCAUGAGAGUGUAUCAGACAAACCCAAAAUGGAUGACAUUCUACAAAAGCUUGACCAGUACUAUCUAACAGUAUCACAGUCAUAAAAGGCCAAGAAAAGUAUGGAGAUGUCACAGAUUAGCAAAAACUAAGGAGAUAUGAAAACUACAUGCAAUGUGAGAGCCUGGAAGAAAAAAGACAUGAGUAGGAAAACUGGUGAAAUUAAAAUAAUGCCUGUAGAUUAGUUAAUAACAUUAAUUUUCUGGUUUCCAUGAUUGUACAAUGGCUAUGGAAGAUGUUAACAUUAGGGAACCUGGGUGAAGGGCAUUUUUUCUGUAAGUAAAAAUUCCACUUUUGCAAUUUUUUUCUGUAAGUAAAAAUUUAUUUCAAAAAUUUUUAAAGUAAUGUAUGUUCACAAAGGAACAUUAGGAAACAGUAGCAGAAAAAUUUCAACCGUAAUCCUGCUAUUAAAAACAACUGCUGGUCAGGCUUGGUGGCUCACGCCUGUAAUCCCAGCACUUUGGGAGUCCGAGUGGGCAGAUCAUGAGGUCGAGAGAUCGAGACCAUCCUGGCCAACAUGGUGAAACCCCGCCUCUACUAAAAAUUCAAAAAUUAGCUGGGAGUGGUGGCACAUGCCUGUAGUCCCAGCUACUCCGGAGGCUGAGGCAGGAGAAUCUCUUGAACCUGGGAGGCGGAGGUUGCAGUGAGCCGAGAUCUCACAACUGCACUCCAGCCUGGUGACAAAGCGAGACUCCGUCUCAAAAAAAAACGAAAACAACAACAACAAAAAAAACCUGCUUAUGCACAUAUUGAUUUGGCAAAAGAAAAAAACUUGUCAAUAUGCUGAUUCUUUUAGUUAUUAAUAAUGCAAGGAAAGUGUUCUGAGCACUAAGCUCAAAGCACCUCUCUUUGAGCACUCCAAUCUUGUGUAAAAUUGCCACCUCCUACUCCAGAUACCCCUCCUCCAUCCCUACUGUAAGAAUUAAGGAAAGAGGAAAGAAACAUGAAAGCUGGCUUGGCAGUCAAGGACAGGUUUAUUUUCGAGAGGGGCAGCUGUCUGAGUUAGGUCAGAGGCACACUCUUACAGACUAAGAGUUUUUAAGGAUUCAGGGUGGGAGAGUUUAACAGAGGCUUGGACUGCUUCUGUGUCUUUUUGUUGUGCCUAUCUGGAAGGGAGAGUUUCUGUGUCUGUUCCCAUAUAUCUUUCUGCAGCCUCAGGCAUACUCCCCAAGUCUGCUUUUAGCUUUCCUAGCUUAGUGCACCUGAAGGGAAAAGAAUGUGCUUAUUAAGGCUCACUGUUUUACUGGGGCCCAUUUUAUGAGGGUGAGGUUUGGCAGUUGCCAGAGAAACUUUCUCCACACCUCCCUCUCUGCCCGAGCUGUCUUAUCUGUGUUUUAUCUGUGUUUUACUGUCUACUCUUUCUGGCUGUUUGUAGUUAGAAGAGAAAUGAUUUCCUUGAAAUGCAUGAGGCUAGAAAGGGAGCUGGAACUUAAAGUGGUGGUGUUUGUCCGAGAUGACGGUGCUCCUGCCGUGUCACCUACUGCCUCUCUCCCCAUUGCAGUGUCACCACCUAUCACAUGAUGUCAUUUACUAGUAUGUCUUUUGCUGAUUGUCUGUCUCUUUCUGCUUAAGCGGAAGCCCCAUGAAAGUAGAGGUUUCUGUUUGGCUUACUGAGUCCAAGGGCUUGGAUUAGGUCUGGGAUGGAAGAUGAACAAGAGGCCAAUUCAUGGACUUUGAGUUCCUGUAAAACAGCCUGAAAUGAUGGGAAAAGGAGAGGCUCUAUCCAACGUCACCAGAGUCCUUGAGCGUUGGAGUAUUUCUUUCAACUGAAGCCUGGACCAGGGCUAUCCAGAUAUACAGAGAGGGAGGCGGUUCUGCCUAUUGGAGGAACUACUGUUUCCGAAAGUGCAAUGUUUAACAAAGGCAGUGGUCUACCCCGGGGGGAUGAGACCUCUGAACCCUGACAUGGCCAUAAAGCCAACUGCUAUAGGAGUGGCAACCUAGAAUAAGAAGAGUGAAGGAAGCCAACAGAUCCCUGGAGGUUGUGUUAGUUUGCUUCGGCUUUGUAUUAGGUACUUUGUGGCUUACACAACAGACAUUUUAUUGUCUAACAGUUCCAGUGGCAGAAAUCAAAGGGCCCAACAGGGUUGAUUCCUUCUGAGGGCUGUGAGGAUCUGCUCCAUCCCUCUCUUCUAGCUUCCAGUGUUUUCUGGUAAUCUGUGCCAUUCCUUGGCUUGUAGAAGCUUCACCCUGAUCUCUGCCUUCAUCUUUGUAUGGUCUUCUCCCAGUGUGCCUGCCUGUCUCCAAAUUUCCCAUUUUUGUAAUGACAUCUGUCAUCUUGGAUUAGGGCCCAUCCUAGCUGCCCUAGUGACCUCCUCUUAACUAAUUAUAUCUGCAAUUACCCUAUUUCUAAAUAAGAUCACAUUCUAAGGUACCGGGACUCCAACACAGGAAUUGAGAGCGGGAAGGAGGACCACAGUCCAACUCCUUACACAGUCGAGCACUGGAGGUAAAUGGUAUUCUCGAGAGGAAAGCUGUCUGUUGGCUCUUGGGAUAGACUAGGUUAUGCUGCAGCAACUGCCCAUCUCAAUUACCAUCAGCUUAAUACAACAAAAGUCUAUUUCUCACUUACACUAAGACCACUGUGAGCUGCAGGACUUUCUAGGACAACUGUCUUCCGUGCUAUGAUUCUCCACCCCAGAUUGUUUUCAUCUUCUGGUUCUACCAGUGGGGCAGGGAAGGGCUGGGGAGUUGCAUCUCAUAGUCCCCUUGCUGGAGAAACCUGGAAGUGACCCUUCAUACCAAUGCUCAUGUUUUACCAGCCAGCAGCAGGGCCCUAGGUCUCCAUCCCUGCAAGGGGCUCUAGAGUGUAGGGAACAGAUGGAAUGUUCACAAGCACCACAGCCCCUGCCACAGUGACUUUUUUAGGACUGGUAUCGCAGAGUGUUUACUUAAGGCGGUGGAAGCUAAAUUCUUAGCAUGUGCUGGAGAGCAAUGAAAAAGAUAUUUACUUUAUGAAUUAAAGCUGGAGUCAGUGUAAGCCCGAAGGCUGAAGGAAAAAGAGCAACAGAUCCAGGGAGCAUUCACCUGCCCUGUCUCCAAACAGGUGGGGAUGGGGAAUAAAGUGAAGGCAGUGCUUUGGUGGGAACUUCAAGGAUAGCCUCUGGCUUUUUCCAGGUUUAGAAGCUCAUAUGGGACAGGGGUGGAGGAAAAGAAGAAAGAGGAAUAAGAAGAGAAAGUUGAGGCCCUGGCCCAAGUUAGUGGGAAGGGAAAUCCACCCCCAUUAAACCCUCUCCCUGGUGGACUGUGGGGUGCACAUGUGAGGCGUGCACAGGUGCUGGAACAUGGUAGAGGCCCAGGACAUACUUCCUGUGAAUGAAUGAUUGAGCGGCUGAAUGAAUGAGUACCACUAAAAGCCCUCUCUUCUAUUCCCAAAUGCCACAUUGAACAGAAGAAGGGAGCAAUCCUUGCUCAGCAAUUGGUGGUCCCUUUGGGUGUGCAAAUGAGUCCACAGCCUGCAACAGCAGACAGUCUCUGCCCCCCUUAGAGGUGAUUGCAGGGAGGUGGCUGACCGUUGAUCACACCCAGAGCUGGUUAUGGGAAUUUACUCCAUGGAAAGACUGCAAAACUCCCUGAAAUGUGUUUUGGCAUCAGCUACUGACACGUAAGGUUUCCCAGUCCUCAACUGUGUCCUGCCAGCUGAUGAGGGGAAGGAAAGGGAUUACUUAGGGGUAUGGGCGACCAAUCCUGAGUCCACCAACUGACCACGCCCAUCCCCAGCCUUGUGCCUCACCUACCCCCAACCUCCCAGAGGGAGCGGCUAUUUAAGGGGAGCAGGAGUGCAGAACAAACAAGACGGCCUGGGGAUACAACUCUGGAGUCCUCUGAGAGAGCCACCAAGGAGGUGCAGGGGAGCGACGGCCGGGGCAGAAGUUGAGACCACCCCGCAGAGGAGCUAGGCCAGUCCAUCUGCAUUUGUCACCCAAGAACUCUUACCAUGAAGACCCUCCUACUGUUGGCAGUGAUCAUGAUCUUUGGCCUACUGCAGGCCCAUGGGGAUUUGGUGAAUUUCCGCAGAAUGAUCAAGUUGACAACAGGAAAGGAAGCCGCACUCAGUUAUGGCUUCUACGGCUGCCACUGUGGCGUGGGUGGCAAAGGAUCCCCCAAGGAUGCAACGGAUCGCUGCUGUGUCACUCAUGACUGUUGCUACAAACGUCUGGAGAAACGUGGAUGUGGCACCAAAUUUCUGAGCUACAAGUUUAGCAACGUGGGGAGCAGAAUCACCUGUGCAAAACAGGACUCCUGCAGAAGUCAACUGUGUGAGUGUGAUAAGGCUGCUGCCAACUGUUUUGCUAGAAACAAGACGACCUACAAUAAAAAGUACCAGUACUAUUCCAAUAAACACUGCAGAGGGAGCACCCCUCGUUGCUGAGUCCCCUCUUCCCUGGAAACCUUCCACCCAAUGCUGAAUUUCCCUCUCUCAUACCCUCCCUCCCUACCCUAACCAAGUUCCUUGGCCAUGCAGAAAGCAUCGCUCACCCAUCCUAGAGGCCAGGCAGGAGCCCUUCUAUACCCACCCAGAAUGAGACACCCAGCAGAUUUCCAGCCUUCCGCUGCUCUCCUCCACCUCAACUAUGUGCUUAACCAAAGAAGCUGUACUCCGGGGGGUCUCUUCUGAAUAAAGCAAUUAGCAAAUCAUGUA